AUGGAUAGCAUGGAUGAAGAAGGGCUUCGUUUCAGUGACUACAAGUAUCAUAAACAAGUGUUUUCAGAUGAAGAUAAAGAUGCACCGCUGGGGUUCGAAAGCUUCGCUGAUCGUUUUGGAGAGGUUCCGUUCCGAGAAACCAUGCCCCCCAACAGACCAAUAGCAUCGGAAGCAGAAAUGGAGAUGAAUGGAUGUAGUCAGUUCAAGAAAGUAGUUCCUGAUUUAGCGGCUGAAUUUGGAAAUGUGGAAUUGAAUGGGAGAAAUUUUAAAGAUAUCACAUUUGAGGACGUUAAACAUUUAUGGUUUCGAACCAUAGAUGAAGCAGAGAAGUUCUACAAGUAUUACUCCCAUAUGCACAAUCACGAUCUUGUUAUCGUCCCUGAAGUUCAUUUCCUUAGGUCCCAUCGUAAGGUUGAGGGACAUGACAUUGCACAGGGUCUUUACAACAAGCUUCGUCCAAAGAUAUUGAAAAAUGGUGACGAGGGUGAUGCAGAAAUGGCUACAGUAAAUACAAGACGAACAGGUAUAGCACGUAAGCCUAUGGUGUUAUUUGUCAGGUGUAACAAUCACCGAGGCACCGUUGUGUUUGGGGUUGCACUUGUUGUGGAUGAGAAAGAGGAAAUUUACGAUUGGCUCUUUAACCAGUUCAUCGAAUCAAUGCAACAAAAAAGGCCUUUAUCAGUCCUUACUGACGGGGACGAAGCUAUGAAGAAUGCUAUGGAACGGGUGAUGCCCCAAACCCGUCAGAGACUAUGUGCUUGGCACAUCGGCAGAAACAUUGGCCAGAACCUAAACUCGGAAGAAGUUAAGAAAGCUAUUGGGCAAUUGAUGUUUGCAUCUUUGACCGUAGCAGAGUGGGAGUCCGCGUGGCAAUCUGUUAUUUUGAAGUUUGGCCUUCAAAAUAAUGCUUGGGUGUGUUCUUUGUAUAAAAAGCGGGAUCGCUGGGCAGAGGCAUAUUUUCGAGGCCACUUUUUCGGGGGUAUGUGCAGCACACAGAGAUGCGAGGGUAUGAAUUGUCAGUUUAAAAAACAGAUCUCCAGGUACACAAAGUUGUCGGAUGUUAUGCCACGAUUGGAGUGGAAACUGAAUCGGUUAAGGGAUCGCGUUAUGCGUGACAACUUCAACGUUAAAAAUACCACCCCUGUGUUUGAUACUCACAUGAGAGGCUUAGAGGAACAGGCGUGCAAAAUUUUCACGCAUGACAUAUUUAUCAUGAUUAAGUCUCAAAUAAGGUUUGAAGGGAGGUUUGUCGUUCAUAAAAGGUUCAAGUUUCCUAAUGUUGAUGCAAUUGUUUUUUAUCUGGGCCAGUAUGACAGAGUAGAACGUCUUUGGUGCGUUGAGUAUCGAGGGAACAAUGGUAAUCCUGAGUGGUUAUGCUCGUGCAAGAUGUAUGAAUCUGACGACAUUCCUUGUGCACAUCUGUUCAGUGUUAUGAAAGCGGAGUUGGUUUCAGAAUUUCCAAAUUGUCUGAUUUUGAAGCGAUGGACACGUUCAGUUGGUGAAACUACUAUAGCCCCUUUGCUUUCCCAUGUCAAAUGA